GAUCCCAACUGGUACAAGGCGAAGAACAAGGUGGGCCGGGAGGGCAUCAUCCCCGCUAACUACGUGCAGAAGCGGGAAGGAGUGAAAGCUGGGAUCAAGCUCAGCCUCAUGCCGCUGACAAGGAUCAGGUCGCUGCCCUUCGAUGGCCUUCUUGCUAUUGCAUUGCAAGCCAAGGUCGCAGACCCUUCCCCUCCCCUGUACAAUCUACGGGGUAACUCCAAGAACCAGCCGCUCCAGGAAAUCCUGGCCAUUUCUGGUCCCCUUCAGGGAUCUCUGGAGCAUCCUAUGAAACCCCGGAACGAAACGGAUGACAACCAGAUCCAGCUGGUGGGAGGCGACGUGGAGCUGCCCAAAGAGCUGGCCAAGAUGAUCGAGCAGGACAACGAGGAGGAAGAAGAGAAGAACUCGGUUAUCGGCCAGCUCAGCAACAUCCAGAACCUGGACCUUGAUUCCUUGAAAGACAAAGCUUCGGCCACGCUAGAGGACCUGAAGCAAUCGGCUGAGAAAUGCGCCGUGAUGUGA